GAGAGAGAAAACGAUAGCAGUGCCACACUGUUGCUGUCACUGGCAUUGCACAAGAGACGUGGGUUAGGAAAAAUUAGGAAAAGGUGGAAAACGACGACGAGGACGACGACGAGGACAACGACGAGGACAACGACGACGAGGAGGAUCAACGAGGAGGAAGACAAAGAAGAAGACAAAAACGAAAACGACGACGACGACGGUGGCGACUAAAAUUCGCCGUGGUAAUUUUCAGCGACAUCUGACAAUCACCAGUAACUCGUCAUUGCUUUCCUAAGGAAAACCACCACCUCGUUUCGAGUGUGUCAUCGUCGUCGUCCUCCUCCUCCUCCUCCUCCUCCUCCUCCUCCUCCUCAUUAUCAUCAUCAAUCUCAUCAUCAUCGGGUUCUUCUUCUUCUUCUUCAACGGGGAAGUAUAAUGGCCGACUCCGAGUUCGAAGAAUUUCGGCAUUAUUUUGAGAGACUACCCCAACAUUUAAAGGCACCCCUUUCCAAUUACACGCUCGUGCACGAUGUUAUACUCGAUGACUCGCCUACGUCAUCCCAAGGAAGCGAUGGUGAUGAGGUUGGAAGACCUUGCGAAGGUGUUGCCGGGGAUUCCGAAGAUGAGGAUGUCGUUGUUAUACACACUCACGAUAAUCAAAGUGGACAUACUUCUGCCGACGAGAGCGAGGAUCUCGAUAAUCAUUGUUCAAUCGUAGCUGACAGCGACUUUAGGUUGGUAACAUCCUUGUUCGGUGGACUGAGCAGCAGGGGUCGAUCAGCAGGCGGCCCUGGUCCAGGUGGAGGUGGAACAACGUCAUCCGGAAAUGGUGGCAGAGAUAGCGUGGUCAGCGAUGUUGGUGAUUCCUGUUCGAGUUUGAGUUCCUGGCCAACACCGGAACACAUUCCAACGAAUCGGCCAGGUAGUGCUAGCGGAGAACGUAGACGUCGAAGAUUACCGGAAAUCCCUAAAGCUAAAAAAUGUAUACCCGGUGGUGGUGGUGGUGUUGGUGUUGGUGUUGGUGGUGGUGGUGGCCAGGUGUCAAUGCAAACUUCGUCAUCGUUAGCAGACGAAUUGAAUGCUGCAACAGGCUCUACCACCGUUGGGUCAACAAAUUCUAAUUCCGGAAGGCCUCAUCUCGUUUUACGAAAAUGUCAUCCUCGUUUGCGACACGAGGACAGCUCGCCGGACAGCGAAAGGAUGGCUACGGAUAGUGGACAUUCGACUGCCCAUUCGCCAGAUAACGGGCCCAAAAGUGUAUCACCGAUACCGUGCAAUACAUUACAAAACACAGAUUCGGUUUCACCUGGUAGCACACCAGGAAGUGGAGGUGUACCGUUCACGCAAUUGGAGUUGUUAGAAGCCACUCAUCGUGGUUUGCACAAAUUUGUGCCAAGACAUCACGACGAAAUUGAUUUAGAAAUCGGUGAUCCGGUUUAUGUUCAAAAAGAAGCAGACGAUUUGUGGUGCGAAGGUGUCAACUUACGAACAGGGAGACAAGGUAUUUUUCCAUCGGCUUACGCAGUCGACAUAGAUUACAGUGAUUUCGAUCCUUCGGCACCUAAGGUCAAAAGAGAAAGAUAUCUUUUAGGAUACUUGGGCUCGGUAGAAACCUUGGCGCACAAGGGUACAGGUGUCGUUUGUCAGGCUGUUCGUAGGAUCAUCGGUAAUUCAUCAGAUCAAUCACCAAUUUCACAAAGUUGCAUUCUCGAAGUGUCCGAUCAAGGAUUACGUAUGGUGGAUAGAAGUAAGCCGCGGAAAAAUCAGGGUCCCUGUCACGAUUACUUUUAUUCGUUAAAAAAUGUAUCCUUUUGCGCGUUUCAUCCACGCGACCAUCGUUACCUUGGUUUCAUCACGAAACAUCCAACGUUGCAAAGGUUUGCUUGUCACGUGUUCAUUGGUCAAGAAUCUACACGACCAGUUGCUGAAGCUGUAGGACGGGCCUUUCAUCGUUUCUAUACGAAAUUCAUCGAGACUGCUUUUCCAAUAGAGGACAUUUACAUUGAGUAAAAGAAAUUAUUCUUUGGCCUGGCCUCCUAUGGCAUCUUCUAUGGAAAGCGAAGAAAGAAAAAGAAACAAAAAAAUAGAAGAAAAAAAAAAAACAAU